AUGCACAAAUUUCUAAGUUCUAUUGAAAAAAUUGAUAUUUUUGGUGUCCCAAUAAGUCUUCUCACUCAUAAAAACGAGUCAAAGUUUCAAAGUGUAAUGGGAGGGAUUAUUUCUAUUUUGUUAGGGAGCCUAAGCCUUGCAUAUUUCCUAUAUAUUAUGGCCUAAUGGAUAGAUAAUGAAAUCACUCCUAAUGUGAGUUCGAAGUAAUAAACUACUGGAUAUGCUGAAUUUGAAUGGAAGGAGACUCUGAUUCAAUUAAAUUUGGAAGAUUUUACUAGCGACAUCGAUCCUUUUAGGAAAGAAAACAAUAUCAUUACUCCUCUGCUAUUCGCUAUUCUUGGAAGUAAUAUUGAAGACGAUCCCAUCCCAUAUUUUAGUACGGAUUCUAUGCCUAUGACUGUCAUAUUGAGCAAUGGUUCGUUGAUUCUGAAUAACGCCUAUGAUGAGGAUGAAAAUCACAAAGUUAUGAAAUAAUAUCUGUUGGUUUUCGCAACUUGUUCAAAUGACUAUGAAAUAGCAGGUAGAACUUGUGCAGAUGAAAAGACGAUCAAUGAUUACUUAUCUAAAUAGCAUGGCUUCAUGUUUUUGACAAUAAGACUCAACCAAUUAAACUAUGUAACAAGAGAACUAGAGUUAUUCGCUAAGCAAUAUUACUUAGCAUUUAAUCCUCAAAGACCAAUUUACUCUUAGAUCAUGUUGAAAUAAUAGGAGACAAUUAUUGAUGAUGGUAUCCUGUUUAAAAAUUACGAACAUUACUAUUUUUUAAAUAAUUAUGAACUAAUUAAUUAAGAGGUAGAUACUACUUUUAUGCCAGGUGUUGUAUAAUUUAUGUCUAACGGAAAAUACAAUUUUGAUAUAUUUAAUUCCUACUUGUUUAGGAUCGAUAACAUUUCAAUUAUUGAAGAAGUCGCCAUGCCAAAAUUAGGUUAAAUACUGGCUUAGAUAGGUUCAAUUGUUCAGCUAAUAUUUAUUUUCAAAUAUGUCGCCAUAUAUUAUAAUAAUAAAUUAUAAGAAAACGAACUGUUUCACGAUAUUAUUACUAUGUAUUAUCCUGAGUUCAAGGAGGUAACAUUGAAUGUGUUCAAUUAAUUUGAAAUUUCGAUGGAAGAUAAUGGGAAACUAAAAAGUGAUUUAUAGAAUAUAAAGAAAAAGUAUUCAGCGUUAUUGCGAGGAGCAAAGGAAAAAUGCCGGCUUAAUAAUAUCCUGUAUGAAAUUUCAAGAUUAUAGUUUAUUUUAUAAUAACAAUUCGGAAAUUAAGCGUUCUUGUUGUGUCACAACUUAGGUGCCAAAUUAAGCGAGAAAUAAUAGGAAGAUCAAAGUUUGAAAGAUACUAAUAGGUUAGUUGUUAAACCAAUCAAUUCUUUGGAUCUGGAUCAUCGGUGUUCUUCAUUAGAACCCCUAGAAAUGUUAUUGAGGUAGCCUUGA